CCAGCGGCCCCAGUCGAAACUACAACGGCCUCCUUCAAGACCGUACAUAAGUGUAUGCAGUUUUGCUGUAAUGUGGCGUGUAACUAUUUUGAAAGUAGGGAUUAUUUGAAUAUAUUUGACAUAAUACAUUUUAGCAAAUUCUCUUUAAAAUUCGUCGUGAUGUUUGUCCACAUGGCGAGGGUUAAAUCAACAGAUUUGAGGAAGUAAACUUCUCUGAUAAUGACAGGGCCUUCAAUGCUAACUUUGUCUCCGUCCGACAUGUUUGCCAACGUUUGCUCAGACUUUGAGCAGUGUUUGGGGACGACAUUGCUGUCUUUGAAAAUGUGCUUAAAGGCUGCCUUUCCCAUAUCUGUGUCACCCUCCAUGGCUGCUGAUGACUACAACCCUGUCUCCCUGCGACACAAGUCAAAGAAGAAGAGCCGGGGGGGCAAUGCUGCGAUGAGCAGGCGGCGUGUGUCGGUCAAAGAGCUCGGGCAGCCAGACCACCAAGGCUGGCUGUACAGGAAGAACAAGAGCAUGGGCUUCCUGGGAAUCAAAUGGAAGAAGUUCUGGUUUGUUCUGAAGAAGACAGCACUGUAUUGGUACACAAAUCCCAUGGCAGAGAAAGCCGAGGGCUACAUUGACCUCACCAACUUCAUGAUAGACCGAGCCAUAGAGUGCAAGAAGAAACAUGCGUUCAAAGCUUGCCACCCGCAAGUCAUGACGUUUUAUUUCGCUGCUGAGAGCCAGGAAGAAAUGAACUUAUGGUUGAAUAAGCUAGGGCUUGCCUCCAUUCAUUAUGAGUCGACAGCACCAAACACAGCAGCUGAGUGUUACAGUGAAGCCAGUGACCAAGAAGAAGCUGAAAACACAGAGAUACCUCCACCACCAUACACCAUGGAUGUGUCUGGUCCCCCUGGUAGGACACAUCAGGGUGCUCUUCCCCAACCAUACUCCUCCACAAUCCCCAGUGAAGCAAAUGGCUCGCACUCCUCACCCGUCAGUACGAUAACGUCGGAGAGUUCCUCCGCCUCGUCGCUCUCCAAGCAGCGUCAGUCAUGGUUAGACCUGGUCGCUCAAGCGUCUCCACCUCCUGCCACUAGCGAAGUGGCAGUGGUGUGCUCAGUCCAGGUGCACUCGCAUCAACCUCCAUCAUUAGAGGCAGAAGGCUUGGAGAGUUCAGCUCCUCCAGAGUCUGCUGACAUGGGGUUUAACGAGGAAGGACCGGCAGGUGCCGAAGACAUGGGGGAUCAAAGUACCAGCUCUGAUGAGAUGGAGAAGCUUUACAUCCAUCUGAAGGAAGCAAGCCUCUCACCUAUAGGAGACCGCAAACCAUCCACCAAACGGGAAUUCAGGGCCUCCUUUAUAAAGCGCUGCAAAAACCACACCGUCAAUGAUAAACUGCAUCUAAUCAGGACGCUGAACAGCACGUUAAAGUCCAAACAGGCAGAUCUGCAGGCACUAGAUCAGGUGCUGUCCAACCCUGAGCUUACCUCAGUCAGGUUCAGAGAAUGGAAGGAAGCCAACGCGCCUUUGGUGUACGAAAUUUGUGUGCAAAGUGACCAGCAGGCAGCGUCAGAUGCCCCACAAGAUGCAGAGGCUGCCAUUGCUGUUCCUGUGGCAGAGACCAGUUUAUAAAUACUGCUCAGGACUUUGGACUUAUCACAUGUGAGACUACUGUAGACUUUAAACUCUUUUUAACCAGCAAAUGGAUCCUACAUGGAAAGACUUUGUUUUUCUUAAGUGGAAUAUGUGCAGUCAUUGUUAUUGGGCAGAUCACAUUAAAAUGUGAAAUGCAUUCUAUUACAUUUGCUUUGUAAGACUAGCAAACAUUUCAAGCAAUUGCUUUUAUUUUGGGGCAUUUUUCAUGACCAGGUUCAUUUGAUUUUCUACAUCAAAACACUUUUGUUUGUCAUCUCUACUUAGAUGGCAUCAGUAGCAACCAUGUUUUUAAAUGCUCUCACUCAUAUGGGUGCCAUGCACCUUUUUAUGCUUGUUACAGGAGAACCACAGAUUAAAUAUGUAUUAUAAUUCUUAAACAUUUUAAGUGUUGGGUUAAUAAAACUGUUUGGAUGAUUUAAGACUAUUUUCUUCAAUGUAAUUUAAUUAUAGUACCGGUACUGUCCAAUACAGUAUACUGUGCUAUGAAUGUAAACACCUGUAAAUUCAACCAGGCAAAUAUUUCAAUUGUAAUCCAACACAACCCACCAACAUCCAAAAAACAGUUUUCAAGAUUUUAAACACGUGUAAAAUAUUUCUUGAUGCAAGACAGGAUGCUGUAAUUGUUUCCUCAUAAACAUUGAUUAUACUGCAUAUUUGUGAUAUUUCAAUUUGUAUUAUAUCUGAUGUUUAGUGAUUGUAUUUGCAUGUUAAUAAACCAUGACACAAAUUA